AUGUCAGAAAAUCUCAUUUAUACUGACUUGAACUGGACUGAAUCAACCAGCCCCAGGCUACAGAAGGUCACUGAUGUCCAAGGUUCUACAUAUGCAGAAGUGAAAGUGCAAUCCCUAGACACAAAUGCUGCAGCUAGCUACACAUCAUCUGGUAAAAGCUUUUGCUCCAGAACACGUGUCGCUAUAUUGGUUGCUGUGAUAACCCUCCUACUGGUCUUAGCGGUGUGUCUGAUACUCAUGUACCAUCCAACUGCAAGCAGCCCACGUGACUCAAAAUCAUUCUCCACCACCUAUGAAGAGGCACUAGACUGCCCCCCAAGUUGGGAAAAAAAGGGGAAAAAAUGCUACUUCUUUUCUGAAAUCCAGGAAAAAAAAGACUUCAACGCCCUCCGUAAAGAAUGUACUGACAUGAAUUCAGACCUGGUGAUCAUUGACAAUGAGGAAGAACUGCAUUAUCUUACUUCACGAUCAAGUGGUCAUUACUACUUACUUGGUCUCAAAUACUCUACGAGCGAGAAGAAGUGGAAGUGGAUUAACAACGUGGAACAUAGCACAAACUUGAUUACUAUAAGAGGAGACUUUACUGACUAUUUCUGCAGUGUCAUUGGACAUGGCAAAAUAGAAACUGCGUCUUGCAGUGGAUCCUCAACAACGCAAAAUAUGUGUGAAAAAGCUGCAAGUAUUUCAGAAAGGCAGAAGGAGAGCUAAAACCAAGAGGUCCAGGCAGGAACCUUGCCAAGCUUAGCACAUUCUUUCCCAAGAUGGCUGUCCGAGACUGGAAGGAUCCCCCUCUAGAGGAGCCUGCAUUUUCACACAUUAGGAGUCUGGGUGACUUGCUCAUACCAGAUGCCUGACUUUCAGGCAGCCACUGUUAGGUGA